AUGCCGAGCAGACGAAGGAGGCUAAUUCCGCAGCCGGACAGAUCAACGGCUUCUCCUGGCUCGCGCAAGCGCCCCACGCCCAGCGGUCCAAGCCAAGCAGAAGCGGGCGAUGCGGAUGAACACCCGCCGAAGAAGCUGGCGUUGGCGCCUCUAUUAUUCCCACCUCCAUGGUUCUGGGACAACAUGACAAAGUCCAUCGUCGAGCAAAACCUGUUCGCCAAUAUGGGUACUGGAGAAGCCUCGACCAACAACGGACCAGAUGGAGCGGUUCCUACAAAGGACGGGCGCCAGAAACAGCUGCCAGAGCUGUUUAUACGAUUUGGGCAAAGUUCAGGAUAUUAUGGACGAGAUGGUCGCCGUCUGGAGUUUACAAGCUCGGAUGGGCAGAGUGUAGAAAUAUUCGGGCCAGAUGGGCAGCGUCUGGAUCGAGAUGGACGAGAGAGACGAGAUGGACAGAGCCCAGAGCUUGUUCCGCGAGAUGUACAGCGCCCGAAUCCUGGCGGACAACUUGACCUUCCUCCAGAGCUGGCCGUUCGGGACAAGCAACCUCAAGAGCGUACCAGACGCGAUGAUGAAAAGCAUCCGGGCAAGGAUGGAGGACGACGGGGAGAUCAUCACGAGAUUGCGCAGCCGACUACGCCCGAAGCGAAACAAAAUGGCGGGAGCAGUCAGCUUGGCCUCCAGUUCUUAUGUCGCUGCUACCCAAAUUGUUCCAAUACUAUCAAGUGUUAUGCAAGCCGGGGCGGCCCGGAUCUUCAAGAUCUCCUGGGGUACCCAAGUCCAUCGAGGCGGCCGGAGGAAGUCGGCAGCAGCCAGACGAGUCUCCGGGUCCAGAGCGCCUCACGGAAGAAGAGCGGCGGCAUCGCUGACGCCGAGGAUGAUAGGGGACCGAGCAUGCGCACUUGCGCUUGGCAGAAACAUCAUGCUGCGGAACCAUCGCGAACCGAGGCCUCCGCUGCCGAAUCGAUCGAGAAUCGUCAAUAA